GUGUAAGGCGGUACAAUAUGUGGUCUGAGGGAAAUGGAGCCAGAGCCACAAGGCGCGCAAGAAAUGUCUUGUUGUUUUUCUCAUCGCCUCUGUCUGUGGUGAGCCUCAAAGCGACUCCGGUGCAUUCGGUUUGUCGCGUUUGCCAAUCAGGGCGCGGUGCGCGUUGAGUGCGAGGUGAAGCGGCGACCUACAAUUGGCCGAGGUGGUUUUUUCUAAAGGGGCGUAUUUUUCAAGCCAUCUUGACUGAAUAUUUAGCCUCAUCCUAGGUACAUUAAUUUGAUAUCUUCGGGAUUUUGCCGCCCCCAAGUUGUUUACUAGCACGGUUUGAAAGGUUUAAGCCACACCAAUGAAACCGGGUCGAGUUUGCGUGUUUACACGAAGUGGAGGCGGAGAAGUGAAGUGGUGAAGAUGACGCUGUCGCUCCUGAAAUUACCGGCUAGCUAAGCUAACGGCUAGCAUGUCCGCCUUGGCUGUAGUCUGUCACUAGCUGACAUCUAGCUAGGUGCAGUUAUUCCGUUUGGCAGUCGGACUGGAGAGGACGAGUGCACAAGGACGCCGGUGUAAAGUCCCAUGCGGAAGGUGAGGAGGUGGGAAUGCGAGACAGUUGUUAACGGACUCAACAUGGGUAGGGGUCGAGGCAGAGGGAGAGGAAGGGGCAGGGGGUCGUCUGGGCAGCUGCGACCCCCCUCGCCCUACAGACUGCAGCUCUCUCCGUCCCGGGAGACUUUGACAUAUGCUCAGGCCCAGAAAAUAGUGGAAGUGGACCUGGAAGGAAGGCUCCAUCGGAUUAACAUCACAGAUCCUCUGCCAGUUAUCACAGAGGAUGAGAUGAUGGCCCAGGACAUUGUGGAGUGCAAUAGUAACAAGGAGAAUAGUGAACAAACGCAGAGUAAAACCAGAUCGUGGAGGAAACCGUCAAACAGUAAAAACAGAAGGAGUGGUAAAAAUACAUCUCACCAAAACCAACGGUCUGGCUCCAAGCAGCAAACAGGACCCACUCAUUCCUUCCAACACCCGUCCCACCAAACCCCUCUGCCUGAGCCCACCUUCCGUGUGCUGACUUCAUUUUCCCCUUCAGAGGCGUCCCCUCUCCCGACCGCCUACUACCGUUACAUAGAAAAAUCUGGCGAGGAGCAGGACAGCGUGGCUGAGUACGACAUGGACGAGGAGGACCUGGCCUGGCUGGAGAUGGUGAACCAAAAGAGGGUGUCUGACGGCCACGCCUCCGUAUCAGCGGAUACGUUUGAGCUGCUGAUCGACCGGCUGGAGAGGGAGUCCAUCCUGGAGUCCCGCAGCCAGGCUCUGUCCCAGAGUGCGGUCGAUGAGGACGCCUUCUGCUGUGUCUGCUUGGAUGACGAAUGUCUCAACAGUAACGUCAUCCUGUUCUGUGACAUCUGCAACCUGGCCGUCCACCAGGAGUGCUACGGUGUGCCCUAUGUACCCGAGGGCCAGUGGCUGUGCCGCUGCUGCCUCCAGUCCCCCUCCCGCCCUGUAGACUGUGUGCUCUGUCCCAACCGAGGAGGUGCCUUCAAGCAGACAAGUGAUGGACGUUGGGCUCAUGUUGUCUGUGCCAUAUGGAUCCCGGAGGUGUGCUUUGCCAACACUGUGUUCUUGGAGCCCGUUGAGGGAGUCAAGAACAUCCCUCCUGCUCGAUGGAAGCUCACCUGCUACCUGUGUAAGCAGAAAGGCAGGGGAGCGUCAAUUCAGUGCCACAAAGCCAACUGUUACAGGGCUUUUCAUGUCACCUGCGCCCAGAAGGCUGGCUUGUUCAUGAAGAUCGAUCCAGUGCGGGAGACGGGCGUCAACGGCACCACCUUCUCCGUGAAGAAGACUGCCUUCUGCGAGCAUCACUCGCCUGUCGGGUCUCGUCGGGACGGGUCUGGAGAUGAGUCGGUGGAAGGGAGGCUGGUGGGGGGAAGAGGAAAUCGGGGUCAGAGAUCAUAUACCCAGAGCCCACCGUCACCAUCACACAAGAAGGCUACUAAAGGCCAGAAAAAGAAGAACACAAAAGCACCUGGCGGGUCAACACGUCGCUCCACUGUUCCUCUGCUGCUUGUGCCACAGAUACCCUCUCACAGGCUUAACAAGAUCUGCACAGGAGUUGAAGUUCAGAGAAAGAAUCAGUUCAUGCAGAGGCUUCAUAACUACUGGUUACUGAAACGACAGUCAAGAAACGGGAUGCCUUUAAUACGACGUCUUCAUUCUCAUUUACAAGCCCACAAGGCUGCAGAACAGAGGGAGCCUGAUGAAAAGCUGAGCGCUGCAAGAGAGGAACUGCGUUACUGGCAAAAGUUGAGGCAAGACCUGGAAAGAGCCAGGCUGUUGGUGGAGCUCAUCCGCAAGAGGGAGAGGCUAAAGAGAGAACAGAUGAAAAUUCAGCAGGCUGCUCUGGAGUUGAAGUUGACCCCUGCGUUGGUGCUUCUGCGAACCACCUUGGAUCAACUACAGGAGAAGGACACGGCCAAAAUCUUCUCUGAGCCCGUGAAUCUGUCAGAGGUCCCAGAUUACCUGGAGUUUAUUUCCCAGCCCAUGGACUUCUCCACCAUGCGCACCAAACUGGAGGGCCACGCCUACUGCUCCAUCGCGGACCUGGAAAAGGACUUCAACCUCAUGAUCUCCAACUGCCUCAAGUACAACUCCAAGGACACCAUGUUCCACAGAACAGCCUUGCAACUGCGGGAGGUCGGGGGAGCUGUCCUCCGUCACGCCCAGAGGCAGUCUCAGAGCAUCGGCCUGGACCCCAGCACUGGCAUGCACCUCCCAGAAGCUCCAAACAAGCACGGCUUCUACAACUGCUCAUGGGAUGAUGUUGACUCGCUCCUGGACCCAGAGAACAGGCUACACUUAAACACAGAUGAGCAGCUAAAGGCCUUAUUGGAUAAACUGGACAUGGUCACGUCCAUGCGCACCAGUGGCGGCCGCACAAAGCGCAUCAGGCUGCUGCGUCGAGAGAUCAACGCCCUGAGGCAGAAGAUGAACCAGCAGAAGCAGCAAAGCGCUCAGUCUGUAAACGGUAACAUCAAGGUGGACGAAGGGAAGGAGGAAGAGGAGGAGGAAGAAGAAGAGGACGAAGAGGAGGAGGAAGAAGAGGAGAAGCAAAAGAAAAAGGAGAAAACAAAUGUGGAUAACAGAUCUUUGACAGCGCUGUCAAACUCUGGAGCAGAUGAUUCUCCCCCUGUGCUCGAGCUCACCUGCCCGGUAUCGUCGCCGCUGCCAGGAGAUGCACCUCUGGAGCCUCCUGUCCUGGGAAUAAUAACUGGAGGUCGUAGGUCACCCGGGCGGACCUACAAGCGUCAGAGGUCGUCCCGCAGUGGAAGCAAAAGCCAAGGAGAAGAUGAGGCUGAAGUUGGAGAAACACCAUCUUCGCAGCCGGAGUCCGUUCAUGAAGUCACACCACUGGGAACGCCGCCCGCUUUGCCUUUGGUCGGAGUCGGUCGGCGCACAUCUGUUCUCUUUAAAAAAGCUAAAAAUGGGGCACGGAUGGCAAAAAACAAGUCGUCCCCAGAGCAGAAUGGAAAAACAUCUGAGGGUAAAACCAAUGGGUUGGAUAACACCCCAGACAGCCCGAACUCACCUAGUGUGAACAACGUCACCACCUUACCCCCCACGCCAAACGCCUCCCCUACACCUCCCUCUCCUUCCUCACACCGCCUGAGGUCCAGAGGCCCCAGCUCAGAAAGCGAAGCAGACAAACUCCCUCCUCCACCUAGAGAAGCAGGCCUGACAAAUGGAAAGCACACCUCCACAGACCACGACAAUGAUGACCCCAACCUAAGCUGUAGUGUCUCCCCUCCCAAACGUAGUCGUGGUAAACCUGCUUUGGCUAAAGUUCCUAGCAGUGAGAAUGGAGACGUCACUGGGUCUGGAAAGUCUACGCUUCUGUCUCUAGAUAGUGACACCGAGCUUUCACCACUGGACCUAGUUUGGGCCAAAUGUAGAGGAUAUCCAUCAUACCCAGCAAUGAUUGUUGACCCAGACAUGCCCCAGGAAGGACUUCUCCACAAUGGCAUCCCCAUCCCAGUGCCUCCUGUGGAGGUGCUCAAACUAGGCGAAUGGAGACAGACUGAGGAAGGCGAAAAGCUUUUCUUAGUGCUCUUCUUUGACACCAAAAGAACUUGGCAAUGGCUUCCUCGAAACAAACUACUGCCGCUUGGGAUGGACGACACUGUAGACAAACUGCGCUUAAUGGAAGGAAAGAAACCCAGCGUUCGCAAGUCUGUACACACUGCAUACGACCGCGCCAUGGUGCAUUUAAACCACGUGAGAGGAAACGUUAACUUCACUCCCUCCAAUUUUAUAUAAAUUUUAUUUGAAAGUUUUAUCUUAAACAAGCUGCCUGGUCAUAUGAAUAGAAGCUUCUUCAAUGCUCUUAAAAAUUGUUACAUUUCCAACGGUUGAUGGUAUUUGAAGAUUUUCUGCUUAAAAAAACAAAAUUGCUAUGAUUUUUAAAACUGAGGGGGGGAAAGUGCUUAAAAGACUUUUGUGUAGAUUAAUUUGUUCAUUAAUCUGUGUCUUUUUUAAAAGCUUUUACACAACCACUGUUGCUACGUGUUCAUAUAGAGUUUUUAUUUUAGGCCAGGUUGUAGGUCAAGAUUUGAGAACGGUGUAAUUAUUUAAUUGUCAAAGGGACUGUCUUGAAUCAAAACAUAUUUAGAUUGUAUUUGCCACUGAAAUGUCACUGUAUGUAUAAUGAAGAGUGAAAGUCCCACCUAACACUCACAUCAUAUCUGGACUCUGUGGAAGUUUGGCUUGGACAGCUCUGGGAUGACUUCGCCAUAAUACAUCUCCUGUGCAUCAAGGGAUUAGAAAUAUCUGAGAGCUCUUAUUUAAUUUGCUCCGGCAGAAAAUCCUGUUCAAGCAGAUUUAAACUCAGCCAGUCACAACCACGUCUCUAAUAUGUCUUUUUACUUAUUCACUUUCCAAAAUUCAAGUUUCUUUAUGUUUUCUUUCUUUGCUUACAAAUCUUUUUGUGGUGGAAAGUCGUUGGGAACUGACUACGCCCGAGCUAAGAUCAAGUCAUACAUAAAUGUAGUCAUACAUGUCAUAUUUCCACAAUUGAGCUAAAUUUAUUUACAACUAAAUGGCUCUGAUUGGUUGUGGGACUAUGCAGUUCUGAGUAGAUUUUUUUUUUUACUCUGUAUCGUUUAAAACACGCCUCAUAAUGAAAUCCAAAUGGUGCGUUACAUAAGGCCCCCAAUGUCCCACUCGCCAUUUAAAACUGAGGACGUCACUUUGAUAAAUGGUGAAAACUUUAAACCAAACUAAAAAAAAGUAAACCUUUCCUAGAGGUCCUUUCUUAGUGUGGUUGUAAUUGUAUUGUAUUGCUACUCAGCUCUACUACUUCAGACACGAAAACUUGAAGUGGAGCGCAACUGGUUUUGCAUUUGACUCCAGGAGUGUGUUUAGGAUGUGCUCCCAUUUACUGAACCAUGACGUGCUCUCCAGAUAAAAGUGAUCCGUUUUGAUCAAGCAGCUGCCAGUUUAAACAUUCCUAAGCUGCAGUCCAGGUAUGACGUGCUGUUUGUGAGACUUUAGAGGUUUCUACUUAUUUUUCCAUAUUGUGAAACUGUAUUAUAUUGAUAUUAUGUUGGCGAUACCAGUGCAGCUACCUGGUUGGUAAGAUGUGAAGCCACUACAGAGGUGAUUAUUAUGACAAAGUCUACUGCGGCCUCUCACUGAAGAACCUGCAUUUAUUUGCAAAUCUGGCUGAAAGGACUUGAAAAGCACAAUCGGCCUGUUUAAAAAAAAUAAAAUAUAAUAAUAAUAAAACUAAACAAACUUUAGGAUUGGUGAGUCCUGGAGCUAUGUGGCAAGAACUUUGUGUGUGUGUGUGUAUACAGCUUAUACAUAUAAAUAUAUAUAAAUAUAUAUAUAUACAACCUCAGUGUAGUAAAAGUGCAUGUGUAUAGUUUUGUAUAUAUGUAAAUGUUUGUUUAUAUUGGCUUACAUGAAGUAAUUUAAGGAAUGCAAAAAAAAUUAGAUUUUAAUUUAUAAUUCGUGGCAGUUGAGAGUGUUAUUUAAAAAGAUAUUGAAAAGAUUUAUGUAUGAUGCUACGUAGCUCUUUGUACUAGUGAUGGUAUUCACCAACAUGUCGGAACGCAUUCUCUAGAAGUGAGGCGGCACAAGACCUUAAUUCUGUGGGCGGCACUCGCCUACUCGACCUAUUGAUUUUUUUUUUUGUUUGUUUUGCUUCGUCGCAGUGGCGCAGGAGAUUUUUGAUCUUGUCAUUUCAGUUGUACUACAAGAUCUGUUAUCUGCCUGAGACGAUAUUUUCUCACUCAAGAUUAAAUGCUGUUUGAAACAA